AAAUCGUAGAUAUCAAACAAUAAGAAUAAAAUUUGUCAUUCUUCUAACAAAUUUUAAAGCCAACUAAAACUAAAUCUUAUCUAGUUCACAGUAAAAAGUAAUCUAGUCAAUAUAUUCCUUACCUUAUUAAACAUAAAGUGAAAUGACAAUAAUUUAAAUCAAAUUUUUUAAAGUUCAAUUAAAAUAGAUAUGGCAAACAUAAACCUAACUCAACUAUCAAAACAUUAACUUCUUCCUUCCAGGUCGGAGAUUCAAACUCCAAUUUUUUGUACUAAAAGAUUGAAAUAUAUAUUUUAAAAGCAAAGCCAAAAUAUAGAUUAAUCUUGAAAUUCAAGGACUAACAUAACCAAAAAUUCACUUCUCUGCCCUGAGUAUGUAUUUGACAUGCAUUUCGUAAGUGCUUUUUUUUUCAAAAGGCACCCCAGACUCACCCUAAGUAGAAGCUCCUAGGCAGUUUAUUUUCAGUAAAAGUAUAGAUAGGUAGGAUUCCCUAGUCUGUUAACCAUUUAGGAACUCCUACAGGCUAGUUUUAAAGAAUUAUUAUACAGAGGGAAUUCAUCCCCAAUGUCCUUGAAAGUUGAAACCAAUGGGUUUUAUCCUUAGCAAAAGUUGUGUCUAUAAAAGAGAAUAAACUUUUCUUCCUGAUCCUAAGCUCUCUUCUGUUUGAUCUUCUAAAUUUGAACCAUUAUAGACCCAAAGAAAGUUAGAAGAAGAGUCAAGAAACUGUUUGGUUUCUCCUCUUUCAAGACUGUUUCUAAAUGGAUAUGGUUUUUGUAAACAAGAACAUUGUUUUUGGUAUUCCAUUUUUUAUACUAUUUGCCUUGUUUGGGACUUGCUUCUCCAAAGCUUUUACAGGUUUUUUUGUGUUUGGGGAUUCAUUGGUCGAGGUUGGAAACAACAAUUACAUUCCAACACUCUCCCGAGCGAAUUAUGUGCCCAAUGGCAUCGAUUUCGGAAGGCCAACUGGUCGAUUCACCAAUGGGCGAACCAUUCUUGACAUUAUAGGACAGGAGCUUGGCUUCAAGAUGUUCACUCCCCCGUACUUGGCCCCUUCCACGACGGGACAGGUGAUUCUCCAAGGCGUCAACUAUGCUUCUGGUGCAGCUGGAAUCUUCAACAAAACAGGAAAAAUGUUUGGCGGUCGAAUCAACAUGGAUGCACAAAUUGAUAAGUUUGCAAAUACCAGACAAGAUAUCAUUGCCAUGAUUGGCCUUCCUGCAGCUCUAGAUUGGCUAAGAACUUCCAUCUUCACGAUAGCCAUUGGCUCGAACGAUUUCAUAAACAACUACUUCACACCAGUCCUCUCAGAUUCUAGCCACCGGUUAAUUCCUCGAGAGUUGUUUGUCGAUUCCAUGAUUUCGAGAUUCAGACUCCAGCUCACUAGACUUUACCAUCUAGGAGCGAGAAUGAUCCUAGUCGCAAACGUCGGACCAAUUGGAUGCAUUCCAAAUCAGAGAGAUGCGAAUCCUUCAUCAGGAAACAGCUGUGCAAAUUCCCCUAACCUAGUGGCUCAGUCAUUCAACACCAAAUUGAGAGGUCUAAUCACAGAGCUCAGAACACAAUUUGAGGAUUCAAAUUUCCUUUACGCAGAUACAUUUCGCAUCGUUCAAGAUAUAACUCAGAAUAACGCAUCAUACGGAUUUGAGAACGCCGACUCGGCGUGCUGCCACAUUGCCGGCCGCCACGGCGGUCUUUUUCCCUGUGGACCGCCGUCGAAAGUGUGCGGAGACAGAUCGAAGUACGUGUUUUGGGAUCCAUAUCAUCCUUCUGAAGCUGCAAAUUCCAUAAUCGCGCGGAGGCUCUUGGAAGGCGACGCCAUUGAUAUUUGGCCGAUCAAUAUUCGAGAACUUGAACGUCUUAUUAAUUCGUAG